AUGGACUCUGUGUCGUUUCUCUUAACACUCUACAACAGUGCUCAGCGUGUCCCUGUACAAGGUGUUGCAUGCGACCCUGAGGGGAGCCACGAGGCCCACCGCAGGCUGGUGCUGUCCCAGUCGGUGCAGCUGGAACCAGAGGCCGGAUCCCUCACCCUGGACCUCACAGCGCUGGCAGAGAACUGGCGUAAACUGGGUCAUAACUACGUCCUGGUGCUGGAGCUGCAGUCACACCCCGUCCACACCCAGGCGACGGACAUCUUCAUGGCCCGGAACCUGGCGAACGCCGUCCUGUUAGGGCCGACCGUAACCCUCCAAGAGUUCCAUGCCUCCCUGGUGGUUGUAAUCCUGAAGCCGCUCCAGUGCCGCUCUCGGCAGAAGAGUUGCACCGUCUACCUCCCGGUUACACCCAGCAACGUGUGUAAGCCGCGCCUCAUCUACAUCGACUUCAAGGACGUGGGCUGCCAAAAGAAAGAUACCCAGGGAAAUGGAGAAGAUUUGAAGACUCAGGAGCGCUUGUUUUUAAAUUCGUUGGGUCUCUCAGCUCGGCCAAAGCCGUCAGCACACCGCCGCGUUCCCUCGGUGUUGUGGAGGAUGUUCAAACGUACCAGCACCCGGGAGAACGACACCCACGAAAGCGACCGGUGCAUGGUGUCUGAGUAUGGAGUUCGCGGGAACAUUGUUCGAUUUGUGCAGGAUCAAGGUGAACUGGUGUCAGGCUGGAGCGGCAGCUGCCACGACUGUGUGGAGAAAUACAUGUUCUUCAACAUGUCCGUCCUGCAGCCCGUGGAGCAGCUCUCUCUGGCGCAGCUGGAAAUCAAGUUCCAGUGGGACAUGUUCCGCACACCAAGGUUCCUCCUGGGCCCACAGGCGCUCAGCGUGUCCCUGUACAAGGUGUUGCGUGCGACCCUGAAAGGAGCGAGCCACGAGGCCCACCGCAGGCUGGUGCUGUCCCAGUCGGUGCAGCUGGUACCAGAGGCCGGAUCCCUCACCCUGGACCUCACAGCGCUGGCAGAGAACUGGCGUAAACCGGGUCAUAACUAUGGCCUGGUGCUGGAGCUGCAGCCACACCCCAUCCACACCCAGGCGACGGACAUCUUCAUGGCCCAGAACCUGGCGAACGCUGUCCCUUUAGGGCCGACCGUAACCCUCCCAGAGUUCCAUGCCUCCCUGGUGGUUGUAUCCCUGAAUCCACUCCAGUGCCGAUCUCGGCAGAAGAGGAGCGCCGUCUACCUGCCGGUUACACCCAGCAACGUGUGUAAGCCGCGCCGCCUCUACAUCGACUUCAAGGACGUGGGCUGGCAGGACUGGAUCAUCGCUCCGCAGGGCUACCUGGCCAACUACUGCCACGGAGAGUGCCCGUUCCCACUGAGCGAGAGCCUGAAUGGCACCAACCAUGCCAUCCUGCAGACACUGGUGCACUCCCUGGACCCCCACGGCACACCCCAGCCCUGCUGUGUACCCAUCCGCCUGUCACCUGUCUCCAUGCUCUACUACGACAACAACGACAACGUAGUCCUACGUCACUACCAGGACAUGGUGGUGGAUGAGUGUGGCUGCAGAUGA